GUGAUGCUUCAAAGCCUUAUUAAAAAUGUUUGGAUCCCCAUGAAGCCCUACUAUACCCAGGUUUACCAGGAGAUUUGGGUAGGAAUGGGUUUGAUAAGCUUCAUCAUCUAUAAAAUCAGGAGUGCUGAUAAAAGAAGCAAAGCUUUGAAAGCUUUGAGUCCUGUGCUUGCUCAUGGUCAUCAUUAA